CAUGUCUAAUAAUUAAACAUUCAAAGAUUUUCCAAAUUAAAGCCAUAUUGAAUUGAAAUUUAAUACAAAAGAUCAACAUGGACUGGAAAGAGAAGAAGCCUUAUAAAAGUAUCGAAGAAAUGUAAUCAUCAUAAUUUUGAUUAUAUAGAUUAAUUUACUUACAAAAUUAUUUGCAUAUGAUGUAGACCAACCAGAAUUGGAGAAAUAAACUGAUAUCUUUUAAUCAGAAAAAUAAAAUGGAUAAUAUCAAAUAAAGACACAUCUUUUAGAAAGCAUGAAAUCAUCUUUAAUUCAAUUAUAAAAUAGACACAAAGAAACAAUUGAAAUGUUUAAAAGAAAAAAUGAAUUAUUUAAAUAAAGAAUAAAUGAGGAUAACAAGAUUAAUACUUAAGAAGAGUAUUAAUAGUUUAUAAAUGAAUUGUAAUCUGAAGAUUUACUUUGUGAUUCCCAUCCAUUUCUAGAUAAAAAAUCUUCAUUUUAUAUGCAAACAAAUCUAUAAUAACCUAUUUAAGUACUAAUGUGAAUUAUUCAAUUAUAGAUAAGUUAAGAAUAAUGUUUAGAGUUGAAAGAAUAAUUAAAAGAUGAUCAAUGCAUUUUAUUAAGUUGA